AUGGCCAAUAUUUCAGUAAAUCUCUUCACCUGUCCGGUGUGUCUGGAUCUCCUGGAGGAUCCUGUAACUAUUCCCUGUGGCCGCAGUUUCUGUAAGGUGUGUAUUAAUGGCUUCUGGAAUCAGGAGGACGUGAAGGGCGUCUACAGCUGUCCCCAGUGUAGAGAGACUUUCUCUUCACCGUCUGUUCUGCGCAGGAACAACAUGCUGGCUGAGAAGGUGAAGCUCCUGAAGGAAGCUGCACCCCAAGCUGUUUCUCCUGCUCACUGUUACGCUGGACCUGGAGAUGUGGAGUGUGAUUCCUGCAUUGGGAGAAAACGCAAAGCCGUUAAUACCUGUAUGGAGUGUCGGGCUUCCUAUUGUGAAGAUCAUCUUAAACCUCACUAUCAGGCUCCUGCAUUUAAGAAGCACAAGUUAGCUGAACCCUGUGCAGAGCUCCAGGAGAAGAUCUGCUCUCAGCACGACAAACUGAUUGACGUCUACUGUCGUACUGACCAAAGCCUCAUCUGUUACUCGUGCAUGAUGGAUGAACACAAAGGUCAUGAUAUUGUUCAAGCUGAAAAAGAAAGAACUAAAAAACAGAAUGAGCUAAAGGAGGAGCAGAUGAAAUCCCAGCAGAGGAUCCAGGAGAAGCAGGAGAAGGUUCAGGAGCUGAGACAGACUGUGGACACUAUUAAGUUGCGUUCACAGGCAGCAGUAGAUGAGAGUGAGAAGAUCUUUACUGGGCUGAUCAGCUCCAUGGAGAAAAAGCGCUCGGAGGUGAAGGAGUUGAUCAGAGCUCAGGAGAAAGCUGAACUGAGUCGAGCUGAACGACUCCUGAAGCAACUGGAGCAGGAGAUUGCUGAUCUUAAGAGGAGAAUCACUGAGCUGGAGCAGCUUUCACACACACACGAUCACAUCCACUUCCUCCAGAGAUUCCCGUCUCUCUGUGUUUCUCCUGGAUCUGAGAACUCGCCCAGCUUCACUGUCAAUCAACAUCUCUCAUUUGAUGGAGUGAGGAAAUCUCUCUCAGAUCUGAAAAAACAACUUGAGGAAAUGUGUGAGGAGGAAUUCACCAAAAUCCGUCCACAAGUUUCAGCAGUUCAGAUUAUUUUACCCUCACAACCAAAGCGUGCAGAAGAUUUUCUGCAGUAUUUCCGUAAUCUGACUCUGGAUCCCAACACCGUAAAUCCGUACCUCAUUCUGUCUGAGAAGAACAGAGCGGUGACACGCAGUAACAAAAAUCAGCAUUACUUCGAUGAUCCAGAGAGAUUUGAAUGCUGGUUUCAGGUGUUGUGUAAGGAGAGUGUGAGUGAACGCUGUUACUGGGAGGUGGAGUGGAGCGGUGGUGUGUCCAUAUCAGUCUCAUAUAAAGAGAUCAGAAGGAAAGGACGGGCUGAGGAGUGUGGAUUUGGAUGCAACAGUCAGUCCUGGAGUCUGGCGUGUUCUUCUUCCUCUGUCUUUUUCCGGCACAACAACAUUGAGACUAAGCUCUGUGGUCCAGCGUCCUCCAGAAUUGGAGUGUAUGUGGAUCACAGUGCAGGAACUCUGUCCUUCUACAGCAUCUCUGACACGAUGAAGCUCCUCCACAGAGUCCACGCCACAUUCACUCAGCCUCUAUACGCUGGGUUCCUGAUAGAUUGUAAGUCAACUGUGAGGUUCUGUGAUUUCAAAAUUUUGUAAAAGUGUUUAGAAAAUUAUAACUGAGAGGUCAGAUUCUUCUUCGUCGUCUUCUUCUUCUUCUGCUCUUUAGUCUGUGACGGCCAUAGAACUGUUUUCGGGAAGUUAUGAAAUUUGUCACAAAGAUGGAGGACUGUCGCCUUUAACCUGAGCAAUUUUCAAGUCUAUCUCAAUUUAUUUUUUCCUCUGAUUCCUUGGCUCAAGACAAUUCGAUCGAAACCAUGUGUACCUAAUUUUCCUCCAUUUUGAAUUUUCAGAAAAACCUACUUUUUCAAACUCCUCCAAGGCAGUCUGUCCGAUUUUCACCAAAAUUGAAUCCGAUCAUCUAAAGUUAUCAAAAGUCUUUUGAUAGACCCAACUGUUCUCGCAUAGCGCAUCAACGAGUUUGACGAAGAGCACACCAAAGUGGACAUGAGGGUGUAUCUUCGCAGCAGUUUGGCAUAUUAAGAUGAAACUUGGUAACUGUCAUCACAAGCAUGACCUGAGGCUAACUGCAUAGUUUUGGCACAGCGCCACCAAGUGGUCAUGAGAUAUGAAAAAUGGAUAAUUUUGCUUAUAACUUCUGAACAGAUUAACCAAAAAUCACGAGAAUUGUCUCAUUAGAUUCGGUACUGCAUACUGAAUUGAUUGGUAGCCAAAUUUCCCAUGACAGCCGUUUAAAAUUUCGCAGUAACGCGCUAUAUUUUACGAACGCAUUGACGUAUCAUUCCAAAACUUAGUAUGCGUCAUCUGAACCAUGCCCUGAAAGUAUUCAAGAUGUUUUGAGACAAAAAAGGAUAAUAACAUUUUAAAAAAUGCUAAUAGCUUUUGAAUAAUUUUGCCUGUUUUAUUAAAAGUGGUCUUGAUAGUUUCUGUGAGUCAUGCCGAGAAGAAUGAUACCGAUUAUGCCAUAGUCAAUCGAAUGUGCUGUCUGCCAUUUUGAAUUUCGUUGAACUCCUCCUCGACCCCUGGCCCGAUUUUCACCAAAUUCGGUUCAGAUCAUCUUCAGACCAUGCCAGCCAAAAGCUUUUUAAUAGACCAAACCCUGACCCCACCCUGACCACACCACAUCAAACUAGUGACAGUGACACCUGUUAGUCAAACAUAAUAAGCAAUGAAAUCAUAUAACAAUUGAUUGUAUUUAUGACUUCUCAACCGUUUUGCCUAAAAUCAGUUGGUCUUGAUGCUCUCUGUCAUGCUUGUUUAGCUCCUCAUUUAGCUGCUUUGUGCUCGGCCCCUUAAUUGCUGCUUGCAGCUGCUGUUAAGAUUCCUCUGUCAGGAGGAAACCUAUUGUUAUUGUUGGUCGUCUUAUUCUUUUUCUGCUUCUGCUUCUUCUUCUUCCUUAUUAUUAUUAUUAUUAUUCUCCUUAUCUCCCUAAAGUGCCCAAUAACUCAAGAUCUGAAUUAGGGCUGCACAAUUAAUCGAAUAUCGAUCGUUAUUACGAUUUUGAAUGCCCACGAUUAAAUGAACAUGAUCGACUGCGAUAUUGACGUUUAAAGUUCGUCCUCCGCUCAUAGAAAACUCCGCUGUUUUCUCCACUCAAAUCAAGCGCUUCCUACACUUACAGCCAAUCACAUAGGGCGACGCAGGGAUGACGUCAUUUCGUAAUGCCAAAACCCGAAACUGAGUUUCUCUGCGAGCUCCAGCGCUUGGGUGAGGGUAAAUCAUGACACUAGCUAGCACGAUGCUAAAUGGCACUACAGAGGAUAACUCGGGGCUCUACAGUGCGACCAUUUCACUCUCAUUUGUGACUGAAGGGUACUUUGUGCGACUGUGAAUAAAUAUUUAUUCGCGCCGGUUCGAGUGACCUGUACGGAGUUGUAUAAUACAAUCGGGAUAAAAACUACAGGAAGUCCAAAAUGCACCUACACCGCGCAACAGUUACUUUCACACUGCUUUUCAUCUCCUCAGUCAACUGAACAAGUGUGGAAAAACUGCAGAGAAGCCAUUAUGAUGACGAGAGUAACUCUACAUCAUCUGCUUCUCUCAACUCUCCGAUCUCACAACCGGCAUCUUUUAUUGAUCCCGCAAAAUGUCCUGAAGUUGCACCUGCUCGUGUAGACACAGCGGCUUCACGCGGAGUAAAUUAAUAAUAAUGCUAACGUUACAAAGUGGGUUUAAUUCAAACUUCUUUAUUAAAUAAUUCCUCACCAAUCAUAAUCAAGAGUAGCAACGGUUCAGAAGGAGUACGCUGCUACUCUCCUCCACGCUCGUCACUAACUCUAAUACAUAGCGUAUUCACUUAAUUAAACUUAAGGUUGCCAGAUAUCACUAGAAAAGCCAGCACCAGUUUUGAUUUAAUCCCCCUCAAAAACACAAUAUUAUCAGCAGACAUCGCAACACUGUACUGGGGUACCGAUCUAAAAGGAACAACUGAUAAACAAACAAAAAAAAAAAACAGAAAAUAAUAAAAUGUAAAGACAGAAAAUGUGCUUAGUUAUAAAUAAAUAAUUUAAUAUUAAAAAUAGAUAUUAUAAUAAAUUAAUUAAAUAUAAAUAAAAUUAACCAACAGUAUUUCUCAUUGCUUUUAUUUUAACUCCAUUAACAGUGAGCAGAAAGCUUACAUUUAAAUGUUUAUGACAGACCUUCUGAUUAAAGCUUAAAUAAAAAAGGAUUGGUAUCUGGAUCGGUUUCAGUCUUAAAACUCCUGAUCAGUGCAACCUUAAUGAACACCAUUAAAGUAAAGCGCUUUGCAUCUGACGGGUAAAUUAACUCACCCAAUCACCUCCUAUAUGAGAUGAUUCAGAUAUAUACACAAUAUACACAGAGCAGUUCGAGAACUGACUCCCGCCCAGAACCAUGACAGUGGAAAAUGUCUAAUAGUGUAGCUUUAAAUAUAUUUAAGAGGAGCAGACUUCAAACACUGUACAUUGAUGUUUAUUGUAUUUGUUUACAAGGUGGAACAGGUUAACGGUUUUUUUCUGCAUACAGUCUGUAAAAUUAACUGAAAAUAUUAAAUUUAGUUUAUCAGAAGGUAAAUUAAUUUGUCGUGGCUCACUCUAUGUUCCUAAAUUCUGUCAUAAUUGACCAGCUCAAGUUUUCUCUUUUUUAAUGUUUACUUAUCCUAUAUUUUGUGUACAAUUUUAUUUAUAUUUUGCUAUUUGCGAGAUGAUGCCAGUUAAGGCUCAGUCUAAUUUGAUGCAAAGAUUUGUACACUAGCAGGAAUGUAACACAACAUGGAGGUGAAAGCAGCAAUCGUGAUAAAUAAUCGACAAUUUUUUCCAUAAUCGUGCAGCCCUAAUCUGAAUGAUAAAAAGUUUUGAAAUUUGGCACCUUGAUACAACAGGCCACGAGUAACUCCCACACCACAAAUGGCCCACAUGAGCCCAUAGCUGGUGCUACAGGCCACCCCAAAAUCUACGUGAUUGUCUGUGUGCCCCGUAAGUCCAAAAUGUCUGAAAAUUGGUAUAGAUGCCUUAUUUCUCAUGGGGAACAAAAAUGCCAUUGGGACCCAUAAAGUCCACCAUGAUUUAGACAUUUUGGAAAAUUUGUCCAAAACUACAAAAAUCUUCUCCUCAUGAACCGUAGGUCUGAUUGACUUGAACUGUGGUACAUAAGUGUGGGAUACAUGCCUUUCUCUAGGGUUAUAAGCAAUAAGGAAUUGGCCAAACUAUUUACAUGUUGGUGAAUUGACAACUGUUGCACAUAUUUCUUGUGUCCAUAAAUCAAUGGAACAUUAACCUAUGGACUUGGUCUGUGCCACACACAAAGAGGACCCUACAGUUUGUUACCGUGUUCGAUGGCAAACUCAUAAGUCCAAAAACAAUGACAUUAAAAGGCAUAAUAAUGUUAUAUUAUGUUUAACAAUAUGUUUAUAGUCCACUAGAUGGUGCUGUUUGGCUUAGAUCGAGCCAAAGUACACUUUGAAAGACAAAAAUUUAUUUGAUUUGUAGUGUUUAUGCAUGCUGUAGCCAUUUUAGUUCGGCAGAGUGAAGAACGCACAUUGAAUCAUUGUUUGUGUAAAACCUGGAAGAAGCUUGGCUUGUGAGUUUGUUGUUCAUCUUUCUAGUUUGUAAUCUUUUGUGAUUGUGUUUGGAGAGUUUUUUGCUGUUUGAUUAUUUUGAACGGCGCAGUGUGCUUAGUGUAUAUAGCUUAAAAGAUUGCAUUGUAAACUGAAUUGUAUUCACUGACUAAUGUAUGUUAAAUAAAUGUUUUUGUAUUUCUUUUCA